CCCUGCAGCGUUUGCUGGGUCAACACACCGCCGCUGCUCCCUCCGUAGUCUGGAUUUACUCGCUGAAGCUGUGGGUCGCUCCUUGUGGUAAUUUCGGUGGACCAUUUGUUGCUCACAAGCACCAAGGAGGAGUAAGCCAGCAGGAUGGAUGUCACAGAGGAAAAUAUGACACCGAAGGAGAUGCUUGAGAAGAUAGCAGAGCGUGAUUACAGUCUACACCAGCAGAGAGACUUGACUGCUAAAAUGAGGCUCUGGCUGGAUGUUGCAGAUGACGACAUGGCAAUGCUGCGUUCAGAAAACGCCACCCUUAGAAAACAGGUUAAAGCCCAGGAGAAAAUCAUCAGUGAAGCCCAGCAGGUUGAAGCAGAGCCUUGCAAAGGUCUCCUUGCUGAUGACCUCGAUGUAAAGAGGUGCAGUGAUACAAAGAUUCAGGAAUUGGAGAAUGAAACCACCAUGAUGAAGGAACAGAAUAAGAAGCUAACUGAAGAGUUUAAGAGUCUGCAGCAGGAGAGAGACCAGGACAAGAUCAGCUUAAGCAAGUUCAGGGUUGCACUUCAAACCCUUGAGAAACACUUGCAGUUAAAGCACUUGGAGGAAACGGUCGAAGAGUGCUCCAACACCAUAGAGUAUCUCAGGCUGACAAAUCAGGAGCUGAGAGAGCAGUUGGAAGACCGACAGGAUGAGGCCUCAUUCACUAUUGUGAAGGACCUGAUGGAAGAUAAGGGAAGAUUGUUCAGCCCCCCUUUGUCUUUUGCAGAGGAAAUUAAGCUGUUGGCCUCUUCAGCUGAAGUGAAAACCUGCCUGUCAGACUGCACGGAUCUUAGACAAGAGGAAACUGAGGCUGAAGAGCUGCUGAAACCUCAAAGUCUCACACUCGACCUUCAGGCCAAAAGGUGUGCAGGUGUUUUGGAGGCAGCCCUCCAGAGAGCAGGACUUUUUCUGGUGUUUGUCGUCGUUCUCACUGUUUUGGCCUUUGUGGCUUUAGGAAGCUUUACAGGAAACCUUUUUUCCAUCAACAACUUGUGGAGCGGUGCAAGCCUGAUGUUACAGCCCUACUGCAGUGUGCAUUAUGGGGCCUUACCUCCUAUUUGA